AUGGACGCAAAGAGUAAAAGAUUCAAGCUGAUGCAGGAAGAGGCUCGCAAGGACAUCGAACGAGCUUUCGGCGUGCUUCAAGCUCGUUGGGCAAUCAUCAAAGGACUACCGCGUCUUUGGAAGAAUAAGGAGUUGAGCGACAUCAUGUUCACGUGCAUCGUUUUGUACAAUAUGAUCAUCCAAGACGAAGACGAACACACAACAGAAUGGGAAGAAGAGGUCACCGACGAAGCUUCGAGUAGCUCAGCUGCAGCUCAUCCUCGCACCGGUGCUCCGUCGGAAUUUCGCGCAUAUGUGGCACGACAAGCUUAUGCGAGACCAGGAGAUGCAUGCCCGCCUGACUUCAGAUUUGAAGGAGCACAUUUGGUUUCAUUUUGGUCCGAUUAA